CACAUAGCCUGAGGAGGAGAGUGGAUGCUGAACAACAUGACGGACUGCGAGGAGGCAGAGGGGGGACCCAACAGCCAGGGUGAUGGGAACCCCAAAGAGAGCAGUCCUUUCAUCAACAGCAGCGCAGCCAGUGACGCAGAGAAAACCCAGCAGUAUGAUGGCAAGAACAUGGCUUUGUUUGAGGAGGAAAUGGAUACCAGUCCAAUGGUGUCCUCUCUGCUCAGCAGUCUGGCAAAUUACUCCAACCUGCCUACCGGCAGCAAAGAGCAUGAAGAGGCCGAGAAUAAUGACGAGGGGGCACGACCUUCCAAAAAACCUGUCAAGGCUCCACAGCUCGGCACUUUGAUGGGUGUGUACCUGCCAUGCAUCCAGAACAUUUUUGGAGUGAUCCUCUUCCUACGGAUGACCUGGAUGGUCGGGAUCGGAGGCGUCUUAGGCUCCUUCAUCAUCGUCUUCAUGUGUUGUUCCACAACCAUGCUCACAGCCAUCUCCAUGAGCGCCAUCGCAACAAACGGAGUCGUCCCUGCUGGAGGUUCAUAUUACAUGAUCUCUCGUUCCCUGGGGCCCGAGUUCGGUGGAGCAGUUGGUAUCUGCUUCUACUUGGGGACCACAUUUGCAGGUGCCAUGUACAUUCUUGGCUGCAUUGAAAUCUUGCUUAUUUAUAUUGUUCCCCAGGCAGCCAUCUUUAAGCUUGAAGGCCUGGAGGGGCCCGAGGCAGAAGCGGCUCUCCUUAACAACAUGCGGGUGUAUGGCACCCUCGUUCUGAGCUUUAUGGCGCUGGUGGUGUUCGUCGGGGUCAAGUAUGUGAACAAGCUGGCGCUGGUCUUCCUUGCCUGUGUCAUCCUCUCCAUCCUGGCUGUUUACGCUGGUGUCAUUAAGACCGCCCUGGACCCUCCUAUAUUCCCCGUCUGCAUUCUAGGAAACCGUACACUUCUUUCGAAAGGAUACGACAUCUGUGCAAAGGUCAUCGAAAUAGACAACGACACCGUCACCACCAAACUGUGGAGGACUUUCUGUGACUCUGACAGCCUCAAUGCCACAUGUGACGACUAUUUCACCAACAACAAUGUCACAGAGAUACAGGGUAUCCCUGGGGUCACAAGUGGCAUCCUGGCAGAGAACCUUUUUGGGAACUACCUGGAAAAAGGGAUGUUCCUGGAGAAGCGUGGGCUCCCAUCAGAAGCUGAUCCAAACAAUCCCACAACCGGCUCCAACCGCUACGUCCUAGCUGACAUCACCAGCUUCUUCACCCUCCUGGUUGGGAUUUACUUUCCAUCAGUCACAGGUAUCAUGGCUGGCUCUAAUCGUUCUGGCGACCUGCGUGAUGCUCAGAAGUCGAUCCCCAUUGGAACGAUUGCUGCUAUCACUACAACCUCCACUGUGUAUAUGUCCUGUGUUGUGCUGUUUGGUGCCUGUAUAGAAGGAGUCGUCCUACGGGACAAGUUUGGUGAAGGGGUCAAUGGUAACCUGGUGAUCGGGACGCUUGCAUGGCCGUCCCCUUGGGUCAUUGUAUUCGGCUCAUUCUUCUCAACAUGUGGAGCAGGUCUACAGAGUCUGACUGGGGCGCCACGUCUCCUACAGGCCAUCUCUCGAGACGGCAUCAUCCCAUUUCUUAGAGUGUUUGGGCAUGGCAAAGCUAAUGGAGAGCCCACCUGGGCCCUCCUGCUCACUGCCAGCAUUUGUGAGAUUGGGAUCAUUAUUGCCUCGCUUGAUGCAGUCGCUCCAAUCCUCUCCAUGUUUUUCUUGAUGUGCUACAUGUUUGUGAAUCUUGCCUGUGCACUGCAGACGUUGCUGAGGACCCCCAACUGGAGGCCUCGCUUUAAGUUCUACCACUGGGCUCUGUCUUUCUUGGGCAUGAGCUUGUGUCUGUCCCUCAUGUUCAUCUGCUCCUGGUAUUACGCCAUAGUCGCCAUGGGUAUCGCCUCCUGCAUCUACAAAUACAUCGAAUUCUGUGGAGCUGAGAAGGAGUGGGGUGAUGGGAUUCGGGGCAUCUCUCUCAGCGCUGCACGCUUCGCUCUCAUGAGACUGGAGGAGGGGCCUCCUCACACCAAGAACUGGAGGCCCCAGAUCAUGGUCCUGGUUGGCAUGGAUGCUGAGCAGAAUGUGGAGCAGCCUCGUCUCCUCUCUCUGACCAAUCAGCUGAAAGCGGGGAAGGGUCUGACCAUCGUUGGGGCCACAGUUCAAGGAACCUUUCUCGACAACUAUGCUGAGUCCCAGAAGGCAGAUCAGUCUCUUUGUAAACUGAUGGAGACAGAGAAGGUGAAGGGCUUCUCUCAGGUGGUUAUCUCCUCCAAUCUAAGAGAUGGGACGUCCUAUCUGGUCCAGGUUGGAGGACUGGGAGGUUUGAAGCACAAUACUGUGAUGGUCUGCUGGCCCAAAAACUGGAAACAGCCUGAGUAUCACAUGGAAUGCAGGAAUUUUAUUGAGGUGGUCAGAGAGACAACGAUAGCCAGCAUGGCCUUGUUGGUUCCUAAGAACAUCCACAGCUACCCCUCUAACGGAGAGCGCUUCACUGAAGGACACAUAGACGUGUGGUGGAUCGUCCAUGAUGGAGGCAUGCUGAUGCUCCUGCCCUUCCUGCUCCGCCAACACAAGGUGUGGAGAAAGUGUAAGAUGCGCAUCUUCACCGUGGCUCAGAUGGAUGACAACAGCAUCCAGAUGAAAAAAGACCUCAUCACCUUCCUCUAUCACCUGCGCAUUGAUGCUGAGGUGGAAGUGGUGGAGAUGCAUGACAGCGACAUUUCAGCAUACACCUAUGAAAAGACACUGGUGAUGGAACAACGCUCACAGAUCCUCAAACAGAUGCAUCUGACCAAGAAUGAGAUGGAGAGAGAGAUUCAGAGCAUUACAGACUCAUCUCGUGGGUCCAUUCGGCGUAAAAACACGCCCGGCCUGCGCUCCCAGCAAAGCACUGAAGAGGGCGCCAGUGUGGCAGAAAAACCAGAGGAUGAGGUACAGCUGAUCCACAGCAAGAAUGCCUCCACGCCCACCAGUCCAACCAGUCCUACAUCUCCCACUACACCUGCAGACAAAGGACAGACAGGCAACACAGAGGCAGGCAAAGACCCCUUCAACAUGAAGCCGGAGUGGGAGAACUUGAACCAGACAGAUGUGAGGCGAAUGCACACAGCGAUGCGGCUCAAUGAGGUCAUCACUAAGAAGUCCAAAGAGGCAAAACUUGUCCUGCUCAACAUGCCAGGGCCACCCAAGAACCGUAGCAACACGACCAACCCCAUGGACAAUGCUGUUUAUAGGGACUACCCUUUUUUCACAGACAUACAGGUCAUGAUAUUCCUUGGCUUUGGCUGUCUGCUGGCUUUUUUCAGACUGUAUGGCUUUGGUGGAAUGGCUUUUAACUUUCUUACGGCUACUUUUGCAAUCCAAUGGGCCAUUUUGGUGCAGGGAUACUUCCAGUUCAGCCAUGAUGGUAAGAUCCACCUUGGAGUGAUCAACCUCAUAAAUGCAGAGUUUGCCUGUGCAGUGGUGUUGAUAUCUUUUGGGGCAGUGCUGGGGAAGACCAGUCCUCUGCAGCUGCUGGUCAUGGCCCUGCUGGAGGUGCCAGUGUUUGCAGUCACAGAAUGGGCUGUGCUUAAGUAUCUGAAGAUCAACGACGCAGGAGGGUCUAUACUUAUCCACCUUUUUGCCUGUUAUUUUGGCUUGGGUGUCACAUUUAUUCUGUACCGGCCUUGCUUAAAUGAAGGCCAUGCAAAGGAGAACACCAGCUACCACUCUGACAUCCUGGCCUUAAUGGGAACCCUGUUCCUCUGGGUGUUCUGGCCUUCUUUUAACUCAGCGUUAACCCUGAAAGGAGAUGAUCAGCACAGAGCCAUCCUGCACACCUUCAUUGGCCUCAGUGCCUCCACGCUCACAGCCUUCGCUCUCUCAGCAAUGUUGAACAAGAACGGUAAGCUCACCAUGGCUGAUGUUCAGAACGUGACCCUGGCUGGAGGCGUGACCGUGGGAGCAUCUGUGGAUAUGAUGAUAUCGCCUGCAGCUGCAUACGCUCUGGGUAUGAUGGGCUGUACUGCUUGCAUGCUUGGAUACAAGUACCUGAGCCCCUUCUUGGCACGGCGUCUCAGAAUCCAGGAUCAAUGUGGGAUACAUAAUCUGCACGGUCUAACAGGACUAAUAUCCUGUGCUGCUGGGAUAUGUGCUAUACUGAUGGCUGCUGAGGAUGUUUAUGGCCCCAGUUUCUAUGAGAUCUUUACCCACAGAGCUCCAGUGGAAGGAGACCCGAAGCUGCAGGAGCUCCAGAUGUUGAUCCCUGGUUUGAAGCCGGGUUUAGGGAGGACUGCCCGGGAACAGGCGUUCUUCCAGGUAGCAGCUGUGGUCUCCACCAUCAGCGCAUCAGCACUGGGAGGGAUCCUCACAGGCUUCAUUUUAAAGAUGCCAUACCUCGCACCCCCAUCUGAUGACUUGUGUUUUGAUGAUGAGUUGUUUUUUGAAGUCCCUCCAGACUAUGAUUCUCCCUUUAGACUGAAAAACACAGUAACAACAGAUGAUUCAACUGUUUAA